ACUUUAAAUUUUGCACCCAUUUAGAACAAUAUGCAAUACGCGAGCCGUGCGAAUUUGAGAAAAGUCCCGAGAAGCGAGAAGUUUCCAACUGGAAGAUUUUCCAGUAACGCUUCUCAGGAGAUAACGUAUUCUAAAGAUUAUUGAUUGUUGUUUUAUUUACACCUGGAGCAGACUUUUUUGGAAAUUUGUGGGAUGCAAGAUUAGAUAUAAAUACUGAAUCUUGAUUUCUGAGAGUAUAAAAGCACAACCUAGAAUGAGAAGUUUAUUCAGUUUAAAAUUGAAGUUCCUUGAAGAUGAACAAGCUCAGUGUAAUUUUCGCUUUCCUUUUCGUGGGUGUCGCCCUCGGCCAGUUGCCAUCUUUCCAAAAUGGCGAACCGGAACCUCUCUAUGAGAGGCCAAUUGGAGAGAGACCUGAGGGAGUCUACUUCGAUGACGAUGACUUCAAUCCAGAAUUCCAGGGCCGUGUUGUUGGUGGAACUUCUGCCACUUCUGCUGCUCAGUUCCCUUAUAUGGCCAGUUUGAGGACAGCUGCUAAUGCCCAUUUCUGCGGAGCCACUAUCAUUGCUGCCCGAACUGUCCUGUCUGCUGCUCACUGCACUGUUGGUCGUUCAACUGGCGGCACCCGCGUGAUCGUUGGAACCCACCUUCGUCUCUCCGGUGGAUGGUCCCAUGCUGUCAACAGGAUCGUCAACCAUCCCAAUUACAAUGCCAACACCAUUGCUUUUGAUGUGUCCAUUGUUCAGACAAGUGCCGCCUUCCAAGGCAGCAACACCGUUCAGUCCAUUGCUAUGGGAUCUGCUCAUGUUGGUGGCGGAGUUACCGCCAUUGUGUCCGGAUGGGGACAGACUUCUCAUCCCGGCAGUCUUCCCAAUGCACUCCAGUGGGCUGCCCUCACUACUCUCACAAACGCCGAUUGCCGCAGUCGCCACACCGCAAACAACGCUCAAUUUGUGUUUGACCACAAGAUGUGCACCUUCACUCGCAGCGGACAGGGCAUCUGCAUGGGAGACUCUGGUGGACCACUUGUUGUUGGAAGCAGUGUCGUUGGUAUCCCAUCCUGGGUCAUUGCUUGCGCUCGUGGCUUCCCCGAUGUCUACGAUCGUGUCUCCAGCCACAGAAACUGGGUCAUCUCCGUUAUGUAAAGGACAUUGUUCGUCUCAAACCCAAAAAAUUCCCACUCGAUCCGUAAUUAUUCCAAAUAAAAUUCAUUGCUCAAUGUAUAUAAACAAAG